AUGGCAGUAGUUGAUGAGGUGGAGGAGGAGAGUGGAGAGGGCGGCUCCACCCCCAGGCAGGGUGGCGUCAAAAGGAAGGCCCACUCAGGAAGGCGUCACGAACAAGAGCCCCGCCGGAAACGCACCAAAGACAGUUCAGGUUCCGUUUACGAGGCACUCUUCUUGAGGGGUGAAGGCAGUGACGUGCAGAUCCGCGCACUAGGGGCCGUGUGGAACUUGCACAGGGUCUACUUGUGCCAGUCAGGCUACUUCGCUAGCAUGUUCAGUGGUGCUUGGAGGGAAUCAACCAUGAAUACCGUAGAGUUGCAAAUGCCUGACGACAACAUUGAUCGUGAGGCACUGCACGAGGCUUUAGGCUCUCUGUACAAUGACUCCGUGCUCAUUCAGCCCAGCCGAGUCGUCCCGAUCCUGGCCGCGGCCAGCAUGCUGCAGCUCGACGAGCUGAUUCAACAGUGUGGGGAGAUCAUGGAGGAAACGGUUAGUGUCCAUACCGUAUGCAGCUACUACUACUCUGCCGGGAGCUACGGCCUCCCAAGCAUCAGGACCAUGUGCUUUCAGUGGCUGCUGCACAACCUGAUGACUCACCGUGGUGAGGAACUAAUUCGAGAAAUCAGCCUGGAUAUCAUGGAAGAGCUCAUUGUCUCUUCGGAGCUCGUAGUGAUAGAAGUGGAGAUGGAUGUGUACACAAUGCUGAAAAACUGCAGCCGGCAUGGAGGGGCCCCCGCAGAGCCUUAUUGCCCGACGCCCACCUUGUGGUUUGCUAGGUCCAAGAGGGAGUUGGAUGGCACCCCUUUCUUGGAGACCCCGCAGGGCAGAGCCUUCGUGCCAGUGUUCCGGCACCUGCGGCUGGCCUACAUAGUCUGUGACCUGCCAUCAGCACGCAUCAUUGACCAGGAUGCACUGAUCCCGGCCACGUGGCUGACCCCAGUGUACAAAGACCAGUGGCUUGCCCUCCUCAAGGCUGAGCAAACCAGGGGGCCCAGGCGUGUUGAGGUCCACGUGUCCAACUUCCAGAGGAACAGCAUGCGGUGCGGGCACCAGGUCCACAGGGAAGAGACAUGCAGCUGGCGGUGGGCAGGCUUCAACUUUAGCUGGGACUUGGUAGUGUGCUACUCCAACCGGCGCGUCACCUUCAGGCGCAGUGCACUGAACGAUCCCCACGGCCUCGGGGGCAGCUUACUCUGGCAGGGAAAGAUUGCCUUCCGCCUGUGCCUGGUUUCCCUGGACAGGGCUGGAAGAACCGUUCUCAGGCAGGACACAGAAUACCAGGUGCUUUCCCUGGGAAAAGAUGAAGAGCUAGAGGUAGCGAGCCUGGAGAACCAAGAUGUGGUCUUCCCCAUAUAUGUGGCCUGUAACUUCCUGCGCCUCCCCAGAGAGAGGUCCUACCAAGAGUAA